CAUACUCCAAAUAACGCACAUUGACCAUCACCGACCACCAUGUCUGUUUCGUACGCGGCAAACAAGCUAAGGGUCCCCCCUGGCUUCGAGCACUUGCUGGAGGGUCUGGCGAGAGAGAUCCUUCGAGAACAGCCCAAAAAUCUGGUGGAGUUUGCCGCCCAGUACUUCAGGAAGAAGCUACAGGAAAGAGAAGGUGGAGUUACCGAGACAAGUAACCAAACCACUCAAGCCCUAACUACUGAACCAGUAGCGACUACAGCAGCUAAUGCAGAAGAGGACACAGCUCCAUCAGCAGUAGUAGCAGAAACCCAGGAUAAUUCAACAUCAGCUGAUGAACACACAACCAAAGAAGAGGGGGAUGAAGAGGGAGGUGUGUCCUGUGCGACAGAGGUAGGGGAGGAGACUAAAAUUGAAGUGGAAGAUACUGGAGCUGUGGUAGAGAGUGGGCCGAGUGAAGAUGUAAAAGAUGUGGAUAUGGAGGAAGAGGGUGCCGUGCAAUCAACAGCAAAUGUGGAAAACGAGCCAGGACAGACAGUAUGUGAUGAUAACAGACAGGAGGAUCAAGAAAUGGAUAAUGCUGCUGCAGAAGAGCCAGCUCCGGUCUCUGUCUCAAAACAAAACGUCACAGAGGAGUCCGUAACAGAGGAAACGCAGAAGGAAGAAGGAGGGGAGGAAGGGGGAGAGGGGGAAGGUGAAAAAGAGGAUGGAAAGGGUGUGGGU